GGGGCCACACUGGGACGAGGAGCAGCAUUCACCGAGCUCAAUGCUGUGGCAGCAGCAGUGGAUUUGGCUUUGGGACGGGGACCGGGACCCGUGACAGCAGCCAAGGAUGGGUUGCGUGAAGUCAAAGGAAGACAGCAUCCAAGAGAAGAUGCAGUUAGGCCGUGGUAAGAAGGACCCCACGUCUGGCAGCAAGCAAGUCUGCCUCAGCCCACGUUGGUGAGAAUAAAGGCAUGUGCGCAGUCAGAGAGAAAUGAAGGUGUUGAGGAAGGAGACGCUCUGCCAGUGCUAGGUGAGCUGCAGCUGGACAAGUGUCCAAGACCCUCACAGGUCCCAUUGUAUGCCACCAUGACACCCUCCUGUUUGUCGUUCCAUUUGCAGCAUGAUGAACACAGAGUGCCCGUGCCCCCGCCGGUGGAUGGCUCAGGGGACAGCGUGGUGCUGGCACUGUACGACUACGAGGCGAUGCACUCUGGGGACCUGAGCUUCAAGAAAGGGGAGAGGCUGCAGGUCCUGGAGCAGCUGGGAGAGUGGUGGCAGGCACGGUCGCUGCUGACAGGGCGCAAGGGCUUCAUCCCCAGCAACUUCGUUGCCCGAGCUAACUCACUGGAGGCAGAAGAGUGGUUCUUCAAGAGUAUCAGCAGGAAGGAUGCGGAGCGGCAGCUGCUCGGCCCUGGGAACACGUUGGGAUCCUUCAUGAUUCGGGACAGUGAGACGACCAAAGGUUGCUACUCAUUGUCGGUGCGGGAUGGGGACAGCCUGCAGGGAGGCAGCGUCAAGCACUACAGGAUCCGGACACUGGAUAGUGGUGGCUUCUAUAUCUCCUCACGCAGCAGCUUCGACACACUUCAGGAGCUGGUGAAGCACUACAAGGGGCAGAGUGAUGGGCUGUGCCGAAGGCUCACCUACCCCUGCAGUGUGCCCAGACCCCAGAAGCCCUGGGAGAAAGAUGCCUGGGAGAUUCCUCGGGCGUCACUGAAGCUGGAGAAGAAGCUGGGAGCCGGGCAGUUCGGAGAAGUGUGGAUGGCAACGUACAACAAGCACACCAAGGUGGCAGUGAAGACAAUGAAACCGGGCAGCAUGUCUGUGAGUGCCUUCCUGGAGGAGGCGAACCUCAUGAAGAGCCUGCAGCACGACAAGCUGGUGAGGCUGCACGCCGUGGUCACCAGGGAGGAGCCCAUAUACAUCAUCACCGAGUUCAUGGAGAAAGGGAGCCUGCUGGACUUCCUGAAGAGUGAGGAAGGCAACAAGCAGCCACUGCCAAAGCUGAUCGACUUCUCUGCACAGAUUGCAGAAGGAAUGGCUUAUAUUGAGAAGAGGAACUACAUUCACAGAGACCUGAGAGCUGCCAACAUUCUCGUGUCAGCGAUGCUGGUGUGCAAGAUUGCAGACUUUGGGCUGGCCAGGAUCAUUGAAGAUAAUGAGUACGUAGCUCGGGAAGGUGCCAAGUUUCCCAUUAAAUGGACUGCACCAGAAGCAAUCAACUAUGGAUCUUUCACUAUAAAAUCCGAUGUCUGGUCCUUUGGGAUCCUCCUGACUGAGAUUGUUACCUACGGGCGCAUCCCAUACCCAGGGAUGUCGAGCGCGGAGGUGAUCAGGGCCCUGGAGCACGGCUACCGCAUGCCCCGCACAGAAAGCUGCCCUGAGGAGCUUUACGAUGUCAUGAUAAGAUGCUGGAAGACCAAACCAGAGGACCGUCCCACCUUUGAGUACAUGCAGAGCAUUUUGGAGGAUUUCUUUACUGCGACGGAGGGCCAGUACCAGAAGCAGGCAUAGAGCAGAAAGGCAGCGGAGAGCACUGUGCGCUGAUGGGGACUGAUGGCACCUCAGUGACAGCAUACAGCCACGGAACCACAGCACAGAGGCACCCACGGGGGUCGCUGAGCCCCUCUGGGACUGGGCCCAGCCCACAGCCAGCAGCACUGCCAGGGCUCCGCUGCUCCGCUCAGCAACGGCCGCUCCUCACACGCUCAUUUCAUCCUUCUGGUUCUCUCAGUGUUUAACGAUGUGACGCCUGGGGAAGAAGAAGAGAGGAAUUAUUCCUUUUGUCGAGAACGUCCCCAGCUUCUCACAACAGAGAGACAGCGAUGACCGCCUUCUCUUCCUGUAAACGGACAAACGGUGCUGUUCGCAGGCUUUCAUAUCUGCUUCGAGGUGCUUCUUUUUGUAGUCAAUAAAACGUUUACGCCGCCCCUCA